AUGGUAAAAGGCCGACCUAGCAGUGGCACCAGGCUCACCCAUGACAUCAGCCUUGAAGAGUUUGAGGAUGAAGAUCUCUCUGAAAUCACUGAUGAAUGUGGAAUCAGCUUGCACUGUAAGGACAGUUUGGCUUCACGGAGCCAUGUGAAUCUGCAGGCCAGUAGCGUCCUGGGAGUGGGUGGCGGCGAGGCGAGCCGGUUCCAGGCGGAGAUGCUCCAGCUAGACCUGAUCGAUGCUACCGGGGAGACCCCCGCCGAAGAAGGGACAGCACUGGAGCCCAUCAAGAAAGAGCUCCCGCCUGUAACCAUGGAUACCUAUCGACCCAAGCGGCCCACCACACUCAAUCUCUUCCCACAGGUGCCUCGGACGCAGGACACUCUGAACAACAACUCUCUGGGGAAAAAGCACAGUUGGCAGGAACGAGUGUCCCGGUCAUCAUCCCCACUGAAAACUGGUGAGCAGACCCCUACCCAUGACCACGUUUGCCUGAGUGAUGAAGUCACUCACCAAAACAGCACAACUUCCACCAAAGAUCGGGGCACAUCAACAGAGAGCCCGUGCCGGCGUACGACAGCCACACAGAUUGCACCUGCGUGUAUUGCAUCUUCCCGCCCCCCUGAGAAACAGCAGGCUACUAGUCGUCCCCCACCACAGAACCCUACAGUUGUGGUAGUGACAAGGGGGACAGAAGCCUAUCGGGACCGCAUUCGCUACCAGACUGAUGUGAGAUUGGAGGCUACUGAGGAGAUUUACCUAACACCAGUACAAAAGAAUUCUGACCCUCUGGAGUCUGAGAAGCCAUUUAUGUCGCAGUCCAGUGACAACCGCAUGUCUAUCAGCUCUGAUAUAGACACUUCUAGCUACCCACAACUGACAGGAAAGCCCAAUGCCUCAAUCAGUGAGGAGGAUGAGGUCCUGGACUACUUGUCUUCCCCUGAAAAAAUGAAUGCACCAAGGACUGCAUAUGGGAGCAGCAAUGGUGGCUACCGAUCUUGCCACGGCCUCCAUAGGGCGUCAGUGAGCUCUGACACCAGUGCCCUCUCCUACGAUUCCGUGAAAUACACACUAGUGGUAGAUGAGGAUGUGCAGCUGGAACUUGUUAGCCUGAAACAGUGCUACUCGGGGUACAGUGAUGAGAGUGAUUCAGCCACUGUCUAUGACAACUGUGUCUCUUCACCCUAUGAAUCGGCCAUUGGGGAGGAAUAUGAAGAGGAUGCGCUGAAACGUGACUCUGUCUGUCUCUCUGAGGAUUCCACCCCUGAGGCAGACAUCCACUUCUCCAAGAAGUUCCUCAACGUCUUCAUGAGUGGCCGGUCACGCUCCUCCAGUGCUGAAUCUUUUGGGCUUUUCUCUUGCAUUAUCAAUGGAGAAGAGCAGGAGCAGACUCACCGAGCUGUCUUCAGGUUUGUGCCUCGUCAUGAAGAUGAGCUGGAACUGGAGGUAGAUGAUCCUUUGCUGGUGGAAGUUCAGGCAGAAGAUUAUUGGUAUGAGGCUUAUAAUAUGAGGACAGGGGACCGGGGCAUCUUCCCUGCUUACUAUGCUAUCGAGGUCACCAAGGAUCCAGAUCACAUGACAGACCUGAGCAAGAACAGCGACUGGGUGGAUCAGUUCCGGGUGAAGUUUCUUGGCUCAGUCCAGGUUCCAUAUCAUAAAGGCAACGAUGUGCUGUGUGCAGCUAUGCAGAAGAUUGCCACUACUCGCCGCCUCACCGUGCACUUUAACCCACCCUCCAGCUGUGUCCUGGAGAUCAGCAUGCGAGGAGUCAAGAUUGCAGUGAAAAGUGACGACUCUAAGGACCCCAGCAAGGGAAAUAAAUGUAGCCACUUUUUCCAGCUGAAGAACAUUUCCUUCUGUGGAUACCACCCAAAGAACAACAAGUAUUUUGGGUUCAUCACCAAGCACCCGGCUGACCACAGAUUUGCGUGCCACGUCUUUGUGUCGGAGGAGUCUACCAAGCCGCUUGCGGAGUCUGUAGGGAGAGCCUUCCACCAGUUCUACAAGGAAUGUGUGGAAUACACAUGCCCCACAGAGGACAUCUACCUAGAGUAGGGGCAGGCCGGGGCCCCUCCUUCCUGUACAGACCAGGGCCAUUCCCCAUUGUGCAUGGACAAGCUGCUUUGAGGCUGGAGGAGGAAUGGGCCUGCAAUUGGUUUCUCUCAGCGUGCAAAGCCCCAUCUCUUCCAGUGCACCUCCUUUCUUUGGGCAGGGGGAUUGGGGACGGGUGGGAUGGGUGGACAAAAAUGGGUUUAUUAUUUUUGAAAGUAAAUAUGCCAUUUUGGUUUAUUCUGUUGGGGGGGAAAGCACCAUCAGUGGAACCCAGGCACUGCUGCCACAGGUCUAGGAGGAGAGCAGGCAUGGGUGCUGGAUCAAGGAGAGGCUGUGCUGGGCUCCCCAGUUGCAAUGCGCACACAAGGGCUCACUUGGUGCUACAGGCAGAGAGGACACAGCCAUGGGUGGUCUUGGCCUGGUGCUACUGUGUGUCAGGACCCGCUUUAGCCCCAAAUGCUGUCUGUCACUGUUGGGGUUUUAGGGGUAUAAUUUGAAAGCAGUAGAGAAUAUCCACCAUGAAAGACUUGAUGGUUAAUAUGCUUGGGAAGCUAUGGGAAUGGUGAACAGGCAGGGAAAGGGGGCAAAAAGGGAUGAAUAAAAGGAAGGGUUUUGCUGAAUUUUGCCCUGGCAGAUCGCAGGACAUACCUACUGGCAUCCAAGUAAGAAUGUUAUCCUGUGCCUGGGAAAGACCAGGCAGCUUCUGGGAAAUGACAGGUGCCUGGUAUUCCUUUGGCAAGGAAAAAGGGCUGGAGCAUGUAGCUAGCCGGUGAGGACUCAGGCCCCCUCUUCUGUUGAUAGAAAGAGCUUCUCUGUUCCAGCCUUCAAACUAUCGUCUCCUUUCUCCCACCACACUGCUCCAGCUGCUAGUUCUACAUCUAGGAGGGAAUCUGGAUCCUGGAAGAACUGGGGGAGCUGGUAUAUUGAUUUAUCCAUGUCUAGGGGCCUGGGAGGAGCUCCAGCUAUAAGCACAAAUAGAAACAGGAAGGGCGUGGUCCCACUGAGAAGAAGCAAAGCCAGGGAAAUAGCAGGUGCGACAAGAGGCUAAUGAAAGCUGCAGAAAGGUGUGCCUUUGCCUCCCCCCCCUACCCCUCAGGAAGGGGCUCUGUGCUUCUGCUGGAUCUGCUCUGAUGAUAACAAUGAUUAAACGUGAUGUUUCAAAGAGCCUG